AUGCGGCUCAUCCGAUCCAAAUAUUGGGUUCCGAAACUACGGACCUUCGUCAAAACAACGAUAAACUCCUGUAAGGUCUGUGUGGUCCAUCGCAGAAAGUUGCAAACCCAGCUUAUGGGAGACUUGCCCGAAGAGAGGACGACGUUCUCUCGUCCAUUCACUCGUACAGGUGUCGACUUCGCUGGACCAUUCGAGAUCAAGACGUACGCAGGUCGAGCUUGCCGCAUCACCAAAGGGUAUGUGUGUGUCUUCGUGUGCUUCAGCACGAAGGCGAUCCAUUUGGAAGCAACCUCUGAUCUCACAACCGAAAAGUUCCUCGCAGCUUUUAAUCGGUUCGUAGCAAGGCGAGGUUGCCCUCAGAAAAUGUGUUCCGAUAAUGGGAAGACGUUUGUCGGAGCUGAAAAAGCCCUUUCCCACGAUUUCCUGGUCGCCACCAGAUCAAGUGUUCUUGCAGCAUAUCCGCAGCAGCACCUCACGUGGCGCUUUAACCCUCCAAGCGCACCUCACAUGGGCGGCCUGUGGGAAGCGGGUGUGAAAAGUUUCAAGACGCUUUUCUACAAGUCUACCUCAACAUGGAAGUAUACUUUCGAAGAACUGUCGACCCUCCUUUCCAAAAUCGAAGCGUGCUUGAAUUCGCGGCCCAUUUCCCCUAUGUCAGAAGAUCCAACUGACCUUCUAGCCCUAAGUCCAGGCCACUUCUUGAUUGGCGGCCCGCUGGUGUCAAUUGCGGAGCCAGAAAUAAUAGAGAACGCAGAGUAA